GCAACAAUGAUUCUGCGUAUACACAAUGAAAGAUGGGAAGGUGUGCCCUUCAUACUCAAGGCAGGGAAAGCGCUAAAUUCGAGGAAGGCAGAAAUACGUGUUCAGUUUAAGGACGUUCCUGGCGACAUAUUUAAAUGUCAAAAACAAGGAAGAAAUGAAUUUGUAAUACGUCUGCAACCUUCAGAGGCCAUGUACAUGAAACUUACGGUCAAGCAGCCCGGCCUGGAGAUGUCAACUGCUCAGAGUGAACUAGACUUGUCUUACACACAACGUUACCAAGGGGUUGUCAUUCCAGAGGCUUAUGAACGUCUUAUUCUCGACACAAUAAAAGGUGAUCAGCAGCAUUUUGUUCGUAGAGACGAGCUGAAGGCUGCAUGGGAGAUUUUUACACCCCUUCUACACCGAAUCGACGAUGGAGAGUUUAAGCCAAUUCCAUACAAGAUGGGAAGUAGAGGGCCUGUAGAAGCAGAUGAAUUGUUAGAAAGGGCAGGUUAUGUUCAAACUCAUGACUAUAUAUGGAUACCUCCAUCCUUAUAAAUGAAGUUCCUCCACGACUAUGAUCCAAGCGCGGUCGUGUGAUAAUGCAUCUAUGUUGUAUUAUUGUAAUUUCCUCAACAAUUUAUUUUCUCGGUUAGUUUUACUUUCAUUGCAGAGAUUGAGAUCAAGAAUAUUUCAUGCAUGCUACAAAUAAGAGCUCUCGCACAAUGAAUUAUGUAUCGAAAGCUAAUAAAAAUCCAAGUAUUUGGAUGGCUA